CUUGUAGUAUCAAAAACACUGGUCUGUAUUGUUACACACAUAUUAUAAGCAGAAUACAUGAAUUAAAGUUUUUAAUACACUACACGUCUGUUGCUAAGCGACACUUUUCACACCGAUGCACGUUUCAUUUCCCGAGCGCAGGUUUUAUUUUGAAACAGACGACAGGACGCUCCCCUUUAACUCAUGCUCAUGUUAACCUGAUGAAAGAAGUUAAUCCGAUUGUCCCGCGGAAUACAAUGCAGUUAUCACACGGCGCGGCAGGAUGCUGCGUCGUCAAUCGGAUCAGGUCGGACGAGCAGCUCGAGGUCUGGACCGCGUGAGUCCCAGUUGAUGGAGAGGAGAGGAACCUGGUCAACACGAUGAAGAGAGUUGGACUCGUAGGAGUGUUGCUGCUGCCGCAGGUUAAAUCCUCAUCAGCUUGUCAUCCUCACGUUGAUCUUGUGAAAGAAGAAGAGAAGUGUGUGACAGAUGUUCGACUUUAUGAUUCACACAAAGCAACGGAAAACAACAACAUCAGCGUUCACUGUAAGGGAAUGUGGGACGACCUGAACUGCUGGCCUCCUGCGGCUCUUGGGGAAACCGUCUCUCAACCAUGUCCCGAAUUUUUCAAUUCAGACGGGACAGUACAUCGCAACUGCACCGCCAGCGGCUGGACGGACCCGCUGGUCCCACACGAGGACGCGUGCGGCUACGCUUUCAACGAGACGCUGCACUUCCUUGGAGAGGCCUCAGAUUCCCAUUUGUACUUCUCCUACGUGAAGACCAUGUACACAGCUGGAUACACUCUCUCCCUCGUCUCUCUCACCGUCGCCAUCACCAUAUUCUGCCUGUUUACGAAGCUGCACUGCACCAGGAACUACAUCCAUAUCCAGCUGUUCGUCUCCUUCAUCCUGAGAGCCGUCUUCAUCUUCAUCAGAGACUCUCUGCUGUUUACUAAUGAGGAGCUCUACCACUGUGACUACUACCCGGUGGCGUGCAAGGUGGUGCUGAUGUUCUCCAACUACUCCAUCCUGGCCAACUACAGCUGGCUGCUGGUGGAGGGCCACUUCCUCUUCACCCUGGUGAUCCGCUCCUUCUUCUCCCUGAAGAAACACCUGGUCUGGUACAUCGUGCUCAGCUGGGGUUUACCAGUGGUUGUUAUCGCCUCCUGGGGAUGUGCCAAGUAUUUUUAUGAGGACGAAGGCUGUUGGGAAACCAGGAGCCAUGAAUGGAUUUGGUGGAUACUGCGAGUGCCGGUUCUUCUGACUAUAUCUAUGAAUCUGGUCUUUUUCCUUGGAAUUCUGAGGAUUCUGGUGAGCAAGCUGAGGAUGCCCGACGCGCAGAGGAAUGAAUUCAGCCAGUACAAGAGGUUGAUCAAAUCCACGUUUUUCCUGGUGGCUCUGUUCGGCCUACAUUACAUCCUGUUUGUGUUCUUACCUGUUGAAGUCAGCAGCCUGGUCUUCAAGAUCUGGACGUUUGCAGAGUUGGCUCUGUCGUCCACGCAGGGUUUCGUCGUCGCCGUGCUUUACUGCUUCAUGAACGGAGAGGUGCAGCACGAGAUCCAGAGGAGGUGGAGGAGGUGGCGGCUCGCCCGGCGCCUGCCCAGUCGGCCCCGGCAGCUUCACGGCUCCAUCAGCAACAGCGCGUCGGCCCACACUCAGGUGUCCCUGCUGCCGUGCUCCGUGGGCAGCCCGCCGGCCGCCGGACUCCCGGGCAACACCGUGGACGCGUGAGUCCGGUGGGGAGCGAGACAAAGGAUCCAUGAAGAGAGCAGACGGUCGACCACUGCAGCUCGACUGUUCAAUACUGUAAAAUGAUAUGUCUGUUUUUAUUUUGAUGACAUAAGGAUGUCACCUGCACAGUGGAGGCCCAGGACCAGGAUCUCUUAUAUAAUCUGACAUUAAUUAAUAAUUUAUCUUUCAUUUUGAAAAGAAUUAAGACUAUCGAUCCACUCCCCAGAGUCAUGAGGAUACGCUGCAAAGUUAAGACAGUAGAGUGUUUGCCCUUAAUAUGGUGAUAAAUAAAUAAUAAUCUUUUCUUUUUUAAUAACUGGGAUUUAUCCAACUGCUCAUGUUCUGUCCUGCAGAUUGAGGAUGUUUCCUCCGUCUCAAAGGAUUCGCUCUGUCCAACAGCCAAUAGCAGGGCUGGAGGUUAUCUUACAGAGAAGGAGCAUCUUACACACACACACACACACACACACACACACACACACACACACACACACACACACACACACACACACACACACACACACACACACACACACACACACACACACACACACACACACACACACACACACACACACACACACACACACACACACAGGUCAGUAUCUAGGCAAGAGGUGAUGUCGUCUUGUGGUAGAGGUGAUAGUUAGACGACCAAUGAGGGGACUACAAGAAGGGUUUCCAUGGAUACACAAGACACGAUGGGGUUGGGAUGACUACUACGACGGGGGGACUUUUUGGGGGCACUGCACCGUCCACCUGUGGCGUGUCCAUCUAAAUAUUUCCCCAAUUCUUUGGGUAUCUGAAUAAAUACUUGUGUGCAAGACU